AUGGUCAGCAGUAUUUUGCACCUGCUCUUGUCGCCGCUCCUCUGUGUCCUCUCGACGAAUAGCACGCGCUGCGGCGUCCCGUACCCGCUCAGGAUUUCGAGUCCUGUCGACGGGUCGCGCGUGCCUCCAUAUCCCGAGUCCGCUCUGAGACACGAUAGUCUAGGUCCUGUCGACGAUUCGAAUGCCUUGCAGCAUCCUAGUCCUGUCGACGGGUCGCGCGUGCCUCCAUAUCCCGAGUCCGCUCUGAGACACGAUAGUCCAGGUCCUGUCGACGAUUCGAAUGCCUUGCAGCAUCCUAGUCCUGUCGACGGGUCGCGCGUGCCUCCAUAUCCCGAGUCCGCUCUGAGACACGAUAGUCCAGGUCCUGUCGACGAUUCGAAUGCCUUGCAGCAUCCUGUAUACGCUCCGCAGAACGCAUUUCUGGAUCCCUCGCUGAUGAUCGAAUCCUAUUUCGCUGUUGUCCUCGUUCCUGUUCCAGUUCAUCCUCCGAAAGUUGAGCUCUUGCGUCCAUGUUUCUUUGUGACUGCCUUUGGGAGGCAUCCAGUCGAUUUUAGUCCUGUCGACGGGUCGCGCGUGCCUCCAUAUCCCGAGUCCGCUCUGAGACACGAUAGUCUAGGUCCUGUCGACGAUUCGAAUGCCUUGCAGCAUCCUAGUCCUGUCGACGGGUCGCGCGUGCCUCCAUAUCCCGAGUCCGCUCUGAGACACGAUAGUCCAGGUCCUGUCGACGAUUCGAAUGCCUUGCAGCAUCCUAGUCCUGUCGACGGGUCGCGCGUGCCUCCAUAUCCCGAGUCCGCUCUGAGACACGAUAGUCCAGGUCCUGUCGACGAUUCGAAUGCCUUGCAGCAUCCUGUAUACGCUCCGCAGAACGCAUUUCUGGGUUAG